GUAUGGUAGUCAGCUGAUACGUGGUAAGGUAGAUGUAGAAGGAAACAAAAAAGUUGGCUUGUGGAUUUUCUUUUACUGUCUGGGAUUUGACUGUUUUACGCUUACAAAAUGUCAUUUAAACGAGAAGGGAACGAUCAAAGUCAACUGAAUGUCCUUAAGAAACGACGUGUCGCUGACCUUCUCGCGAAUUUCAUUCCAGAAGACGAAGCUGCUUUAAUGAAGAAUGGAAGGUACACUUGUUUAGUGUGUUCCCAUCGUCCCAUUUUUGAUACUGUCGACAUGCUGACAGUUCAUCGAAAGGGAAAAAAGCACUUGGAAGGAAUGAAGUGGUUCUAUCGAAAGAAAACACAGUUGCAGAGAGAUUUUGAAAAGCAUCAUCACCACAGUUAUGUUGCCAAAGAGGAAGAACAGCAGGAGGCUUCCAGUUCUGCCCCUCUUUUGACCCAAACUAGAAAAAUUACCCAUCAUGCAUUGCUGAAAGCAACUCCGUACAGCAGUUGUCACAAAAGAAGCAGCACCAAGACGGAACAGGAACAGGAACACAGCAAUAUUUCCUCCAUGUGCCAGCCUAUCCAGGACGGCAGCAGGCAUUCAUCACACCAAACACAGGGUGCCAGCUCAAAUGCCAAGUCAUCCACAGCUUCUGACACAAGUGCUGCUGCAGGUCAUCAGCAUGGUGAGCGAAAGGGAGAGGUAAAGAAGAGAGGGCCACAGCAGAAUGACCCCCCAGAUGGAGAGCCAAUGACAGAACAGCACCGGAAGGAAUUGGAACACUACCUCAAACUGAAAAGCGAUGGCUGGCUGCGGGACCGGAGUGGCAAUUGGAUUAAGGAUGAAAAUGUGGAGUUUGAUUCAGAUGAAGAUGAACCGCCUCCUGUUUCCCAAACGUAAACAUUGUGCAUUCCUCUGUGAUACCAGAGUUCACAGAUCCAGUUUGAUGCAAUCAAUUCAAUUUGCCAUGCAAAUCCUCUGGACCUCAAAGGCUGCUGUUGAACUGACUCUUUUCAUGAGUGAUGUAUUAAUGCUAUACCAACGAGUGCUGGAAACUCAGAGUCUUAUAUUUGUCUAUAUAUUUGUUAAUAUACUUUUGUAAAAUAUUUGCUAA